AUGCCGAAACGAAAGGCUAAGCGUUCCGAAUGGACAUAUGGGAAACGCAAAAAACUUCCAAUCAAUUUGGGUGACAAGGGAGAGACUUAUUCGGAGGUGGAUCGGAUUAGUCAGCUGCCUGACGCCAUUCUAAUUAGCAUUCUUUCCCUACUGAGCAUUAGGGAGGCAGCAAGAACUUGUUUCCUCUCUAAGAGGUGGAUCUAUGUGUGGAAACAUGUUACAUGUCUCAACUUCGACGACAUAGAUGCAUUAUAUAAACCGUCGAAGAAAAGAGGACAAGCAACACCCAGUUACAAUUGGGUGAACCAAGUCCUGCAAUUGCACCAGUGUCCAUCCUUAGAUGCAUUCAGAAUUUGUUCUUCCUCAACCUAUAUCGGGCCUAGUAGUUCUGAAAUUGACAAUUGGAUUGAGUUCGCAAUGCGGAAGAGAGUUCAAAGGCUUGAGAUAGAUUUGGAAGCAGGUAGACUUUCUCCUUUUUCUUAUGCCAGUUAUAUAUUUCCAAAUAAGCCAUUUAGAAGCCCUUUCGGCGUUUCCUGCAUCAAGUCCCUUAAACACCUCUCUUUGUCCUUUGUAAACAUAACCGGUGAACUUGUUGAGCACUUUCUAUCACAUUGUGAACUCCUUGAGCAUCUCUGUGUUUCUUGCUCGGAUCAAUUAGUAACUUUGAAAGUUGCCGGUUCGUCACUCCGGUUGAAGUUCCUACAAAUAAGUGACUGCAUGUGUUUAGAAAAAAUUGAGAUUUGUGCUCCUAAUCUCGUGUCAUUUAUUUAUCACGGAAUGCUGGGUUUUUAUGACAGUAUUCGUUUGAGGCAUGCACCCUUGCUUGUAAAUGUAUCUCUUGCAGAAAGUACUAGGUCUAUAGUUCCAACUUUUCUUUCGGUUAAAAGUUGUCUUCCUCAGCUGGUGACUCUCAAUCUCAACUUGCACAUGAAUCUGAAUAUGAGUGAAAUGGUGAGGCACCCAGAAUUUCCAGAAUUAACUUGUCUCAAGGACUUAACAUUGAAUGUUGUCGCAAGUGAUCGGCAAAGCCUCCUUAAUUUGACUAAAUUGAUAGAGCGGUCUCCUUUCUUGCAUAGAUUUACAUUGGAGCUGAGAUGGGCACGAGUGCCAUGUCUGAGGAAUAUGCAGACGGUUAAUAAAUGUCCUCAUCAGUGCCUUAAGGUGGUGAAAUUUUCUGGGUUCGUUGGGUCUAGUAUCGACACUGAGCUUGCCAUGUACUUCGCUGAGAAUGCCAUAGCACUGGAAACGUUUAUUGUCGAUCUCAGAAAGGUUGUGGUUGAAGAAUCCACUCUAUUGUCUGAAUUAGUUACAACCCAGAAACAAUUGAGGGCAGCGCGAAAGCGUGCUUUGCAGAUUGGUAAAAAACUACCUCCAGGAGCUGAGUUAAUUGUUUUGUAA